CAGAACACCGGAGGCUGUUCGGGGAUCGUCAUCAGUCCUGCAACGAGAUUUCACGCGCAUUCUGUUCACACUAGCAUCUUUCACCUCUUCUGUCUUACCGAGGAAACAGCACACGUUACAGAGGGAGACGCACUUUUCAAAAGCUUUUGGUCAUUGCAUCUUUCAGAGGGACGUAAACAGUGGAUACGUGGACAUGGUAAAGUGCACUCUAGUGUCUCUGGGCUCGCAUGUCUCGUGUGCUAGUUCCGUCCAAGACCGGUUGCAUUAGAUGCUUGCUUAUGAAAGACUUUAAUGAACAUCAGCAUCACCAAUGCUUCACCUUGUUGACAACGGCGACUUGCUUUUUCCGCGAUGAUGUCCAUGUCUUUGUAGCCAACGAACAGUUGGUGUUUUGAAAGAUUUCUCUAUGCUGGCUUCAUUUAUGCAUCUCAGAAUUUGGGAAGGAAGAGGAUGAGAAAUAUUGACUGACAACUGAAGCACUACCUCAUGAGAAGAUCUUCUUUUAUCAUCUUGAUUUUGGACCGCUACAGGUCCAUCCACGUACACAAAAGUGAGAGAAAACAGGAGCAGACUCUCAGGUUGUGGACACCACGGCAGUAACUGUGGGAGCACAUCCAAAGACGAUGGUCCACUGUGCGGGCUGCGAGAGGCCUAUAUUGGACAGGUUUCUCCUUAAUGUUCUGGACAGAGCAUGGCACAUCAAGUGCGUACAAUGCUGCGAGUGCAAAUGUAACCUAACAGAGAAAUGCUUCUCUCGAGAAGGAAAACUCUAUUGCAAAAACGACUUCUUUAGGCGCUUUGGAACAAAAUGCGCGGGUUGUGCUCAGGGGAUCUCGCCGAAUGACUUGGUCCGGAGGGCACGGAGCAAAGUGUUUCAUCUCAACUGCUUCACAUGCAUGAUGUGUAACAAGCAGCUAUCCACGGGGGAGGAAUUGUAUAUCAUAGACGAAAAUAAAUUUGUCUGUAAAGACGAUUAUUUAAGCAACACGAACGGAAAAGACACCAAUCUCCUUUCAGUCACAGCUUGCAGUGAUCCUAGUUUAUCGCCAGAUUCGCAAGACCAGCUACAGGACGAUGUCAAGGACGCGGAAAUCGCAAACUUAUCGGACAAAGAAACGGGUAAUAAUGAAAACGAUGACCAGAACCUCGGAGGCAAACGGAGAGGACCGCGUACCACGAUUAAAGCAAAGCAAUUGGAGACACUGAAAGCGGCAUUCGCGGCGACCCCCAAACCAACAAGACACAUCAGGGAGCAACUGGCACAGGAGACGGGGCUCAACAUGCGAGUUAUUCAGGUAUGGUUUCAGAACCGGCGGUCCAAAGAGCGGCGAAUGAAACAGUUGAGCGCGCUUGGCGCGAGGAGACACGCGUUCUUCCGGAGUCCGAGAAGAAUGCGAACGCUCGUGGACAGACUCGAGCCUGGAGAAUUAAUUCCAAACGGCCCGUUUUCAUAUUAUGGAGAUUAUCAGAGCGAGUACUACGGUCCGGGAGGGAAUUACGACUUCUUUCCCCAAGGCCCUCCAUCUUCGCAGGCCCAGACUCCUGUAGACCUCCCCUUUGUUCCAUCGUCAGGACCCACCGGUACCCCGCUAGGGGGCAUGGACCAUCCUAUCCCCGGCCACCAUCCAUCCAGUGAAGUACAGCGCUUUUCAGAUAUCAUGUCUCACCACCCAGGGGACUCGCCCAGUCCAGAGCCGGGGAUACCCGGGCCCCUGCACAGUAUGUCCUCAGAUGUUUUUGGACCCAGUCCGUCCUUUACAUCCCUCUCCCUCAACGGCAGCGGAUACAGCAACCACCUCUCCCACCCUCCAUCAGAAAUGAACGAGGGCACGGUCUGGUAGCUUCUGUGAACGGACAUUUCUGCAGAGAGAAAUUAUGAUAAACAGAGGAGGGAGGGAGGGAACAGGGACACUGGCCGCACAUUCUGGUUAUCAUUUUUGUCUUUUCCCCCUUUUUUCCCCAUGUCAUAAAUGUGGUGGGACAGCUCACAGAGAGAGCAGCAGAGGGCAGCAUGGGCAUUGACAUUUACCUUCAUGAACUCAUUGUGUUGAUGUUCCGUUUCCUUCUGUCUUUCUUUCUUUGUCCCAAGUCUGAACUCAAGAAGAGAAAGAAUUGAUAGUGUUGACCCGUUCGCUGUAUGAACUCUACUACGAGGCGUCCCUCCAGAAGCUCAAUACGUACCACCGGUUAAAUCGCCACUCUAAAACAGCGAUAGCGACACAUUAACAGCGUCAGCUACCGUCAAAGACUUGUCAGCUUUACAGAGAAACACCCAAGGCGGCUGAUCUAACGCUAACCUGCAAUGUUGACUCCAGGAAAGAUCUAAGCCGUCUGACUAAUUUAUUUAUUUGAAAACUCCUCAGACCUCCUUGCCUUUCAAGGCUCUGCCAUACUGACACUUAAACAACCUUUUCGACACUAAAUAUGUUUCUGAAGGCCAGGGAGAAAAAGCUUUUUUUUUUUUCUCUUUCUGGGCAUAUCCUGUUUUUUUUUCUCCCCAAGAAUUCCACCAAAUCUGAAGAAGUUAGCCUUCAAAAGGCAAAAUGUUAAAAUGUGUAUGGAUGGUGAACCCUUUAUUUAAUGGAAGAGAACUUGAAAUGUUGAUAAAUGAAGUCUACCUUCUAAAAUUAUUUUAACAAGGGUCUGAAAGGGACAUAGAACAGUCAACUGUUUACGUAAUAUAUUUAAUUCAGGAGUUAAAAGUAUCAACCAUGAUUUAGAACCUCUUGAUCCAGAAAAAAAUGUUCCAAGCAACCAACCAAACUUUUGUAUUGAUUUUAUUUAUAUUGUAUGAUGAAAGUUUGCUGGGGUUGUGGUUCACUGUGCUAGUUUGUACAAAAUGUUGUUUACAAAAAAAAAAAAAAAAAACCUGGAAAAAAAAAACAAACAAAAAAACAAGUAGACAGUUGCCAAAUAAAAACAUAGCACAAAUACUGUAAAAGUGCUUUGCACCAUUAUCUGCAGAACGUGUUGAAACAAAGUGUAAGUGUUUAAAAAACAAUAAGAAGUAUUGACUUCUUAAUUUUUUUAGUCUGCUGAAAAAAAAAAAAAAAAUAUUCAUAAAUUGUUAAUAUAACAUACUUAGACCUACAAGUUUUAUUUUUGUGUCUUUAAAGGAAAAUCCAAACUAUUGAAAUUGAUGGUCAAAUGUGCAGCAAGCAGCUGCUACUUUCUUUAAAUAUCAAAUUCUCAUGGUAUGUCUUUUAUUGUUCUAAUAAACCUAAGCUUACGUGACCUCCAGUGCAUAUUAGACCAUUCACUGUAUAAAUACGACAUGUUGAACAAAUUUGUGAGUUUUUAAUAAAAUUAGAAAAUAUGAAA